AUGAAAUAUUUUACUCUUCGCGGUCCAAUACCUGGCUUGUCACCUCAUUAUUUCUUUGGCAAUACAAUUCAGUCUGGAUUGGUAUUGAAAGACUUGAGUCUUCAUGAAGUUUACAGGACAUUCAAAAGUCGUUUUGGUGAUGUUUUUCAAUUUUGGUUUGGAUCUGCUCGUGUCAUUGUUGUAAGUGCCAAGUUCAAACGACAUGCCUCACUCACUAUACCCUUAUUUCGUCGUAAUAAGAUCAUUCCGAAUUUUGACUUGAUUAUUGAUUGUACGAAUAAAUUAUUGUCACAAUGGCGUUCGAUUCCUUCAAAUCAUAUUCAUCUUCAUAUUCCUCAACAGUGUCGAAAUCUUCUUCUGCUCAUUUUUGGAUUUCUUGCAUUUGACUACGAUUUGAAGACAUUCAGUAAUACUGAUAAUAAUGAACUCACUCAAGCGCUUACAGAUUUCUUGGAAAGUAUCUAUCCUGUUUUCUUUUUACCAAAAGUCGUAGCCAUAAUCUAUCUGCGAUUGAGUCGUCGAUAUCAACGAGCACGAACUAUUAUUCAACAACACGUAUAUCGAAUAAUCGAUCAUGAAUUAGUUGAUUGUUCAGAAACGAUAUCAGAGCGUAAGAGAACAAGUUUAAUUGCUUCAUUGGUUUCCGCAUUACAAAAUAAUGAAAAAACAGAAAUGACUAAGAGUGAAGAAGAAAAAAAAGGUCUCAGUCGUAGUGAAGUGCUGGAUGAAGUGUUAUUCUUUCUUAUAGCUGGUUAUGAAACGACAUCGACUGCCCUAUCAUGGUUCAUACAUCUAGCAACUGAUGGUUCAGCUCGUUCAUUAACAAUUGAUGACCGUCUACCUGAGAGUGGUACUCAAUUAUAUGCAGGUGACGAAGUAAUUAUUCCAUUUAUGAAUCUCGCACGAGAUCCUCGAUAUUGGUCUGUUGAUCCAGAAUUAUUCUAUCCUGAAAGAUUUCUAGGUGAGGACAAAAAUCAUCAAUUCUAUGCAUUAUUACCAUUCGGCAGCGGACAUCGUCAGUGUAUUGGACAGGAUUUAGCUCGAUUUGACCUGAAAGUUAUUAUAGCAAGAUUAAUGCAACAUGUAACAUUUGGAGAUGGUGGUCCAGAAGUCAACGCAGGUGGAUUUGUUCAAACAGUAACUAUCAUGCCUAAACAUGUUGGUGUUACUGUUCAAUUCGAACAAUAA